UCCGCCUGUGGAUGAAUACGUGUCUCUGCCCUGCUACUCGCAAGUACCAUGUGAAAUGUUGCAAUAGAUUUGCGUACAGAACUCUGCAAAAAUAUGCUGGAUUUUGCCAUAUUUGCGGUGACAAUUGUAGUUGCACUUAUUGGUCUGGUUGUCUACUUGUAUCCGGGGCGUAGUAAGCCAACUACUGUACCAGGCCUUGAACCAACUGAUCCCAGCGAGGGAAACUUGGCGGACAUCGCCCAGGCCGGCAGCCUCCAUGAAUUCCUGAUAGUUCUUCACGACAAGUAUGGUUCAAUUGCCUCCUUCUGGAUGGGCAACCAGCUCGUCAUCAGCAUCGCCAGAGUAGAUCUCUUCCAACAGCAGAUGGAACUCUUCGAUAGGCCUCCAUUUCUUUUCAAACUAUUCGAGCCAGUCAUCGGACCAAUGUCGAUAGAGUUUGCAAAUAAGUCAGACGGGAGGAUGCGACGUAACACGUAUGAUAAGUGUUACAGUCACAGCGCUAUAAAAUACUUGUACCCGAUCUUCAACGAGUUUGCGAAUGAGCUGGCAGAUAAGUGGGGGAACCUCGUUGGUGAGGAACACAUUCCGGUCGUCAACUACAUGUUGUCGUUUGCAAUCAAGUCCAUCACCCUGGCCUCCUUUGGUGACUACUUCAAGGAUGAAAAGAAAGUGCAGAAGUUGAACAUGGCAAAAGAUUUUGUGUGGACAGAAAUGGAGAGACGGGUAACAAGCACCAGUCAAGAUGCUGAAACGCAAAAGCGCUUCGAAGAAAACAUAAAAAUCCUGCUGGAUAUAUGUGAUGAGCUCCUCAAGCACCGCAGAAAGAACCCCCCACUUGGUGAUGAGUAUCUUCUCAUCGACACCUUUCUCGAGGCAGAUAUGUCGGACGAACAGCUCCGAUCCGACGCCAUAACAUACCUGAUCGGAGGAUUCCACACGUCGGGAAGUCUUUUGUCGUGGGCUAUUUACUUCCUUGCCUCGCACCCUGAGGCCCAAGAGAAGCUCUAUGAAGAAAUCAAGGCAGUCUUGGGAGACGAUGAUGUUGACAGUGAAAACGCUUCUGCACUCAUUUAUCUUCGCCAAGUGAUGGAUGAAACAAUGAGGUGUGCUGUGCUGGUUCCUUUGGCGGCAAGAUAUGACCCUGAUUCUGAAACCGAACUCGGUGGUCAUGUCAUUCCACCUGGUACGCCUGUGAUCCAAGCUUUUGGUGUUACCUUCCAAGAUGAAGAAGUCUGGCCUAAUCCAAACAAAUUCGACCCCGAUCGAUUCAGCUCUGAAAAUGUUAAAGGUCGCCAUAGCCUUUCGUUCAGUCCGUUUGGUUUCGCUGGGAAGAGAAAGUGUCCAGGAUAUCGAUUUGCGUACGCCGAGGCAACGACCGCAUUGGCGAUCCUCUUCCGUCGCUUCAAAAUCAAGCUGGUGGACAACCAAGUUGUUGUGCCGUUAUAUCAAAUCGUCACAUCUCCGGCUGAUGAAAUUUGGAUUCAAGUUGAGGAGAGAAAGAAGAAGUAACUGUGUUCAGUUGACUACGCCAGGUCAGAGUUUUUGGAUCCUUGUUCUACGUGUAUAAUGAACCGGCAUGAUCAUUAUCGGACAAACUGUGAUUUUCCACUGGUAUAAAUGCUGAACUGCCUCAGUUGAGUUCUUAAAGUACUUCGAUGCUGGACAGCUGAUCAGAAAUUCCUUAGUACCCACGCCUUGUUUAGAGGACAGUACUCUGACAUCAGAAAUCUCCCCAGAAUUCAUAAGAUGGUAAUGGGGUUUAUACUGGAUGCUUUCUUGUAGAAUAGGUAUUACUUUCUUUGUUUUGAGAUUGAAUAAGCUAUUUUAGUAUUUUAAUUAGAAAAGGUGCUUAACUUAUAUUUAUAUGCCCGUGCCAUAGUCUUCAAUUGAACACAAAAUUAUUUCAUUUUGACACAAUAUUGCCCAUUCAUAACUGAUAUGCAUGUCACAUUCGAAGUUAAUCCGGCAAUUGGAAGAGAUAGCAGACAAUUUCAUACUACGCUGUAGCCCCUGCUAUCUGCCAAAACAACUAUAAAGGUAAUCAAAAUCAACCCUGUUGAACUAUUCAGGUGCAUGGGGCACCUAUUGGAGGUGGUGGUGGGUGGUGGAGAUAUACAGGCUUUUCAUGGGUCUUACUAGUAGUCCUUUAAACCAAUCCUUAUGAAAUACAAUUUUGUCUUUUGAACCUACAACUUUAAAUGCACUUUACUAGCUCAAAUAUCCAGUCUCUUAACCGACUUAUAUGCCCUACCCUAUCUGGACCUAGAGGCAGUUGGUUCUGGUUUGUCUUUUGUUGUGUUUGUUGUGGUUUAUUGUGUCUCAAUGCUAGGUGUGACCAUUGUUUGCUUUGCAGGUGUGUUUGUGUUUUGCAUAUUGGUGGAAGUGUGGUGUAGUUUAGCUGGGCUGUCGGAGUGAUCGAUUGCACUUGUUUUCCCAGGUGUAGUUGUGCCAAGAUUCUGACCCGCUGGCCGCUCACAAGAAACUACAGAACUGUCAGGGUCCACAGUGAUUUGUGGAUGCUCUUCAUUUGCUUGUUUAGUGACUUGUUUUAGGAACCUUCUGUUUCUUCUAUAUCUUCUCCCUGAACACUCUACUACGUAGGAUCUAGGGGAUGUGUGAAGACCCACUACUGUUCCUGCAUGCCAUUUCUUCUGUCCUGGCAGUGGUGCCAUUCUGAUGCAAUCUCCGGGCUGUAAAACUGGCUGUUCUUUCCCAGCUUUCUGGUUGUAAUUAUAGACCCCACAUACAACAAAUGUGGGGUCUAUAUUGAGAUUACUAGGAGAAGGUACAAGGCUUCUGCAUUCUUCCCAGGUUAUAUUAUGGAGGUAGUCCAGCAAAACUGCUAUUUCAACUGAAAAACUGUCACCCCUGUCCCAUCAAACUAAACUCGAUCUAGUGCACCUGGCAAAGAUUUUUUCGAAAUUCGGAUAAUUUUGAUGACUUUGAAGCGUUUUUAUGCGCCGAUUUUCUGAUUUGCUUUCAAAUCUCCGGCACGAUGUCAAUCACACGUAUAUUAGCAUAAGCUCCGCCCCGUUAUGUUGACGUCAUAUCCUCAUGCAUCAUGGCGCGGUAUCUCUUUGCCGAAGCGGCGAGCUGUCGAGUAUUUUGAGCAAAGAACGACGGUUGACAUGGUUGAAUGAAGGAAUAAAAUAAAGGAAUAGCCUUAAAUGCUUAUCGAUGAUCCAUCCUGCGUCUGAAAAGGUUAGGGUGCUGUUUGAAUGUUACUGAGCGUGUGAUUUUGAGAAAGUGCGAGCGUGUUUGUCCGGAAAUAGAUCAUCCGCGAAACGGAAUAGACUUCACUCCAUACGUGUAGCCUACUGUGUGGGCCCGUGGGGGCUAUCAAAUUUGCUGACAAGCAAAUUUCAAAUGUCUAGUAUUUCACUUGUUUCUGCUUGUCUUCCCCCAACAUUCGCCUGACCUCUCGUAAAUCCUGUAUUCCCGGCUUCAAUAGCUCUCUCGCUAUUGGAAGUUUGGUUCUAUACCUUCGGCUGUCUAGCAGCUGUGCUGGUGACUUGUUGCAGCUUUCAAGGGGUGUGGCUCUGUAGUCAAGAAGUGCAAGAUGUUUGUCCUAGUUUGCACUCCAUAGUUGUUUCACUGUGUGCACUGCCUUUUCAGCUUCACCAUUGGAUUUGGGAUAUCUUGGGGAUGAUGUGAUGAGCUUUAUACCAUAGUCAUUCAGAAAUUCUUCAAACUCUGCUGACACAAGCUGUGUCCUAUUAUCGGCUCGUAGGGCUUCUGGAAUGACAUGUCGGCUUAUCUGGGACUUGAAUACUUGUAUCACUUGCUUGCUGGUCAAGUUGGAAAGUCUGUCGACUUCUAUGUAUUUUGAGAAAUAAUCUAUCGUGAUGAGGUAGUCAUUUCCUUCCCAGUGGAAGAUGUCUCCUGCCAGCUUAAUCCAGGGCAGUUGAGGAGUCUCUGAGCCAAUCAUUGGUUCCGCUAGCAGCUUGUUGUGAUAUUGGUUACAGAUCACACAGUCUUUUACUAUGUCUUCCUAUGUCUUGCUCAUUCCCGGCCAAUACAUAAUCUCCCGUGCUCUACGCUUGGACUUGUUGAUGCCGAAAUGUGUCUCCUGGAUCUGCUUCAGCAUGGCCGUCCUCUUUGAAGGAGGGAUAACAAUGCGUUUUCCUCUGUAUAUAAUUCCAUCUGUGAGGGUCAGCUCAUCUCUCAGAAUCCAGUAUUCUCGGAUUGCAUGUGGCACCUGCCAUUUGUUGUCUUGCCAUCCUUUCCUAAUCACGUCUUUCAGGCUGUCCAUCUCUCUGGCUGUCUGUACCUGGAAUUCAGCAUACUCUGCUGACACAAGCUGUGUCUUUUGGGUCAAUACAUAUCCUCACCUUGUCCUUUUUGACAACUGUAUACCACCUGUCGUACACCCACCGAGACGGCAACCCAAGGCACUAACAGGCAAAAUAGUGGCCAAACUACGUGAGAUGCAGAAAAACGGACACACAGCCCCGUGACUGAAUCUACAGACUGGGUUAGUUCAAUGGUGGCAGUUGUCAAAAAGGACAAGGUGAGGAUAUGUAUUGACCCAAAAGACCUUAAUAAGGCAAUCAAGAGGGAGUACCACCCCAUCCCCACAGUGGAGGAAGUUGUAGCUAGUUUUCCCAAUGCGACAAAAUUCUCUGUUCUAGAUGCAAAACAAGGAUUCUAAAAAAAUCUUCUUGACUACGAAUCCAGCCUUCUCACCACUUUUAAUACGCCAAUAGGGAGGUUUAGAUGGCUCCGCCUACCCCAAGGGAUCAAGUCUGCUCCUGAAAUUUUCCAAAGAACCAUGGAUGGGAUCCUCGAAGGUACGGGAGCCAGAUGCCAGAUGGAUGACAUUCUCAUAGGAGGAACCCCUGCUGAGCAUGAUGCCAUGCUAAAAAGAGUAGUAGACAAAGCCCACGAGAACAACUUGACAUUCAACUUUGACAAAUCGCAGAUUGGGAAGGCAGAGGUGAAGUUCAGCGUAAAAUAUGGUAUCCAAGGAUGGACUGUCCCCAGAUCCAGAUAAGGUGACCGCAAUAACGGAGAUGCCACAGCCCCAGACGAAAGAAGACGUCAGACGAUUCUCGGGUAUUGUCCAAUAUCUGAGCAAGUUCCUGCCUAACAAAAGCACAGUCGAUGAACCGUUGAGACUUCUAACUCAGAAGGAUGUUGAGUUCCAUUGGGAGAAACCACAGCAAGAAAGUUUUGAAGAACUCAAGAGAUUAUGCACAUCAGCCCCAGUUCUAGCAAUAUUUAUGACAAAAACAAGAAACUACCGAACUGUCAGGGUCCACAGUGAUUUGUGGCUGUUCUUCAUUUGCUUGUUUAGUGACUUGUUUUAGGAACCUUCUAUUUUUCACGAAGUUAACUUUUUGGUCUUCUCCGAUUAUUUUCAUGCUUUGCUGGCUCGCCUCGUAGUUCUGCCCAAUGCGGAUUGCAAGGGCAAGGUCAAGGUCGUCGCCCUUGUCUAGACAUUUUUCGCGAACCUGCUGAUGAUACGAACUCGGCACUAUCGCAUCUCUCAGCAUCCUAUCCUCUUCUGCAUAACCAGUCUUUCACCAGAAUCUUAGAUCAGUGACGAAAAUGUCAAACUUUUCGUCUGCCUUCUGCUUUAUUCUGCGAUGGAAGUUCACGGUGGCCCGAAUUUGAUUUCGUUUAGGCUUGACGUAUGACUCAAACUUUGUGAAUACACCGUUCAAGGUGUGGUUUUCCGCUGGCACUGCCGCAACACCAUGGUCGAUAUCUGCAGCAACCGCAGGCGUCCACGCAAAUGUGUUGUAUAUCUCGCGGCCCUUGUCGCCCAUGUACGUCAUCAGAUAGUUCACCUUCUCCAAUUCAGUUUUAGCACUCAGUGGGCCCCCGAACUGGAAUUGACAGUGUUGUUUGAAACGCCUGAACUCUCUGUCGAGAUCAUCUUGAUCCCAGUUCAUACGUGGAUGUUUAUCCAUCGUUACAGCACACACACAACGACGAAUCAAAGUUACUUGUUUCGAUGAUGCACUGGGUCCUGUACACUCUUGCAUGCACUGCCACUCUCAGCUCAGCUGGUGUGAAUUUUCGGCGUUUCGCAGUCUACUUGAUCGUCAAAAUACUGCACUUUAACCAUGCCAUCGGUGAAUAUCAUCAGCGUUGAGUUGCCUAUUGGUAGGCCCCUAUCUCAUGUACCGCAUGGUCACUUUAAUUUUGAAACAAAGUUCGAUUUUGAUCUAAAAAUCGCCCACUUCUGGUACCAUGUAAAGAAUGCAACUCGUGUGAUUCAUAUACAUGAUGCUCGACGCUUUUAUACACUAGAUGUAACACAUUGAAGAGAGAUGUAAUGCUUAGAUGUCAUACUUUACAACACAAUUAUAUAUGCUUGCGAAAUAAAAUCCCUCAGUCUUCUUUCAUUGCAUAUAAAGUGCAAUUGACCUCCUGUACUGUAUAUAUGUGGCCGUUCAUACCCACCUUACCUCACAUCUGUACAUACCUUAUGAAGAUUAUGAAACAAUGCAGAUUAAUGAAGUACAUAUAAAGUAAGUUGCCUUGAGACAAGUUGGCUAACAUUAGCAACUACCAAUAGCCACUUUCAGUUAUUAUUGCUAUAAUACGGCAAUACAUGUCUUGUGCCCCUCAUCGGUGGUAUGGUGCAAUACAAUGCUGCAAGUAAAUCUAAAAUAUCAAAAUACUAACAUUGUAAAGUUGUUAUACUGAAAUACUGUAAAGGAUAAAUAUAGGUUGCUAAUAUUGGCUCAUAGAGAGAAAGAAUGAAAUAAGUGCAGACAAAAAUCAAGUUCCUUUGACAAAGUACAAAAUGUCGCGAAACCUCGACAACUCAAUUGGUAGAGCAGUGGACCCGCAAUCCAAAGAUCCCCGUCAAGGCAACUCGAUUUUUCUGUACUAAUUUAAUUCAUUUACUAUCAAAUAUACUGUAACACUAAAACGUUGCAAAAUAGCAUGCAUUUGAUGGGAAUUGCCUGCUGCCAAGACCGAGGCAAUUCCCGUACCGUCUCAGAAGCCAACAGCACCUAUCAUCAUAUAGUGACCUGCUGUACAUCCCUACACACGUUCGAUUUGACUUGCUGGUAGGCUUAAAAACUUCAGCUGCACUGCGAUGAUGCUGUCAUCUGGGAGCUUCGCAAAUGGACGCCGUCCAUCUGGUAACAGGAAUUUGUUGAUCUGGUAGGUCAAGAAUGUCUUGUAGCCCAGGUAAUAUGUUGCAAGAUUCUGAAAAGAUGUAAGAAUUACCAAUCGGUGUUUAUGGUAACAAUGGCAGUAGUCUGAUGUUCAUGUUCAUAAGGCAGAAAUGGGCACAGUUUUGAAACAGUCAUUCCUACAUUGAUAUGCCUGUCCCCUGCCACACACAGAACCGGAAUAUAAAGAAUCGGCAGAACUAUAACAUGUUUUAACUGGGUAAACAAAACAAUACGAAUGAUAUCUAUUAUGACACUACAUCCAAAAAAAUUGCUGUGUUCACUUUUUGACACAAAUUAUUUUUCCUUUAAAAAAUUAAUGAUAGAAAUUUGACGGGUAAAAAUAAUUUCGCUCUGAAUUCACCCCAACUCGACAUAAAAUUAGAGGUGCACAUGUGUGUGAGUGUGUGGGGGUUGGGGAGGGAUUUACGAAUAACCGUUGCAUUGGCUAAAAUGUGAAAUCUUUGGUUGCAGAUAAAACCUUAUGUGUUCGUUCAUCAGGAAUCCCAUUGCUUCCUUCCUCGUGACGGAAUUAUAGACGCUUUGCAAUAUGCGUCACAAUGCCCCCCAAACAGC